CUCUUGUCGCCGAAAUAUGUCAGAGGGGAAAAUGGAGCCUACAUAUCAAAAGGCGUCUUCUAGGGUGAAGAGAGGCUUCGUCCUCGAUUCUACCACCUCGAUUCCCUCACCGCGCUACUGUCCACCAUGGCGACUCCUCGUGGUGCUCAAAUAGCUGCUCGCCUGCUCAGUCGAGGCUCCAAAUCCUUGACGACGAAUACCUCGUCUUUUCGACCCAAGUUACCUUGGUCUAACGCUGUGAGCAACAGAAAGAUUACAAAUGCAAGUUUACAUACCCGCUCGCAACACCAUGCUCAGGCUGCUGCCGCUCAAGAGGAGGUCGCAUGGGAGCCUGCCGAACCAUCGAACCCAGCAAUGGCAUUUCCUUGUCUUGACGCCCAAGAACUGAAGACAGCUGCACUGCAGAGUAGGUCUCUGGAAUCGGGUCCAGAGCCUUCCUAUACCAGUGGUACACACAUGGUCUUCCACAGCCCAACGCCAUUAUUACUGGACUGGGGUGGUACUCUACCAGAAUUCGAGAUUGCACAUGAAACUUGGGGUACAUUGAACGCAGACAAGAGUAACGCCAUUUUGAUACAUACUGGUUUGUCAGCAUCCAGCCAUGCACGCAGCACCGAUGCAAACCCGAAGCCAGGCUGGUGGGAAAAGUUCAUUGGGCCCGGUGCUCCAGUCGACACUGACAAGUACUUCGUCGUUUGCACAAAUGUGAUAGGAGGAUGCUUUGGCUCGACUGGUCCCUCGUCGAUCGACCCCUCCGACGGUCAGAGAUAUGCCACCAGAUUCCCCAUUUUGACCAUGGACGACAUGGUGCGGGCACAGGCAAGACUAUUGGACGGCCUGGGAAUCAAGAAGCUGUACGCAAGUGUCGGUGCGAGUAUGGGCGGCAUGCAAAGUUUGGCUUUCGGUGUGCACUUCCCCGACCGGGUAGAGAAGAUUGUUAGCAUUUCUGGAUGUGCCAGAAGUCAUCCAUACAGCAUUGCCAUGAGGCAUACUCAACGACAAGUCUUAAUGAUGGAUCCCAAGUGGAAUAGGGGAUUCUAUUACGACAGUAUCCCGCCGCAUUCUGGAAUGAAGCUCGCUCGUGAGAUAGCCACAGUGACCUAUCGAAGUGGACCUGAAUGGGAGAACAGAUUUGGACGCCGACGAGCAGAUCCUAGGAAGCAGCCUGCUUUGUGCCCGGACUUCCUGAUCGAAACCUAUCUUGAUCACGCAGGAGAGAAGUUUUCGCUGGAGUACGACCCCAACUCGCUGUUGUAUGUAUCUAAAGCCAUGGACCUCUUCGACCUCGGAUUUGCCCAUCAAGAGCAAACCAAGCUACGCCGCCAGGAGAAUUUGGAAAAGAUGAUGCAACGCCCUGACGUAUCGAUUCGCAACGACUUAUCCUGUAGCCUUACCCUUCCCUCCAAAAACUACGAAGAGCAGGAAUCGACAGCACCCAUGGACGAGGCAACCAGUUCAAUUGGCAGCGAGCCACCACAGGACCUGGUCAAGGGUAUGGCUGCUUUACGAUCUCAUCCUGUACUUGUAAUGGGAGUAGCCAGUGAUAUCCUAUUUCCGGCCUGGCAGCAACGUGAAAUCGCUGAAACUCUACGGGCUACUGGAAAUCAUCAAGUCACCCAUGUUGAGCUUGGAGAAGACAUCAGUCUGUUUGGUCACGACACCUUCCUCCUCGACCUCAAGCAUAUUGGUGGCAAUCUCGCCAUGUUCCUGGCCUAAAUUUUAGAUUCUAUUCAUGUUCGAUACGAGUGUUAUAGCGUAUAGCGAUGUUCAAUUCAUGCAUAUGAUAUUACUAGUACA